GAAGACGCACACAACCACAAACCCUGAAGGAAGAGGUUGAGGAAAGAAUUUGGAGUCAACAAUACAUUUUAGAUUAGUUAAUAAUUUGUAGGCGAAACAUUGGCACUGUAAUGUAAAGCGUUACCUUUUAUGUUAAUAUCUGGCAAUUUAGAGCAUAUGUUGCAAAUACACAGCUGUUGUCGGAAGAAGGUGGACAUGUAGAAACGCGGGUGUUUUGUGGAUGUCUUCAGUCAUGCAGGUUUCGCGGAUCCGCGCGGCGCGUAAAAGCGAGUGGCUCAAAUGCGCUCUCGCGCACCACUUCAGUCCAGAUCCCUGCGUGGAAAACGAGAUCGUGGUUUUGGCUACCGGCGUGGACCAGUAUCUCCAGGAGGUGUUUCAUCACCUGGCCUUUUACAGCGGUGAUGAUCUCGUCUCGGAUGAGGACUUUAGGAGUCUGUGUUUGGUUUUGGGGAUUCCCGCGAGCGCAGAGACUGGGAAUGGCACCUCAGAACACCGGGACAUUUGCGGUGGACUUCCUCGUGUGCUUAACUUCAAAGAAUUCCACGCACGACUCUGUGGUUUUUUCUCGCUUAAAGCGCAGGAAAGGCAGACUGGAGCUCGACUCCCGGUCAGUGAGGAGACCGAGCACAUCGAGCGCGAGAUCAGACUCCGCUGUCCCCGCGUCCGGAGGAGAAAGUGCGUCAGUUUUGACCUGUCUGCCGAUCAUCAGAACCGAAGGAAGUCGGUGAGAAGAUCCGGACACUCUCAGAAUCUGGAUCAUUUGCAGAGUUCUGCUGUGGAAUCCACGAAAAACGCAGAUAUUAACCCUCCGAGGAGAUGGCAGGACCAGCUAGAGUUGGAGAACGCCAGUCUGAGGGAGCUGGUGGAGGACUUGCGUUCAGCUCUCCAGAGCAGCGACGCGCGGUGCAUGGCACUGGAGGUGGCGUUACGCCGAAAAGACGUGCAACCCCAACACACUGCUGGUGGAACCCCGGAGAGACAAGACUGCAGCGCUGGGGGCAAAACAAAAACACAACAAUCCAAACACAUGGAAUGGGACUCCAGAAAAAGCACUAAAGACCUCCUGCGAGAGCUGGAGCUGAUCCGUGCUUCACGUGACGGACAGCUGGAGGAAGCCAUGAGGUUUAACCAGAGGUUAGAGGAAGAGCUGAUGGCAGCUUAUGGAGAGCUAAGCAGGAUGCAGGAGAUCGUGGACGGUGUCAGGACUGAAAACGCACGGAUUAAGAAGAGGACAGAAGAGGUCAGAGGGUCACUGGCCGCAGGGUUGGAGGGUGUGAGGGCCUUACAAGACCAGGCCAAACAAGCUGACCUGCUCCGAGAACGAGUCCAGAGUCUGGAGAACCAGCUGGAGAAGUUCAGGGCCCAGUGCACCUGCACAGAGCUGAAUAUGAACAGAACCGAAAUAAUAGUUGAACCAUGUGGGUCCGGAUUUCCCGCCCUCCAUGAUGAUGCCCUCAUGAGAAGAGAAGAAGGCCUGCAGAGGUCAGUAGAGGGUCGGGCAGCAUCAGAUGAGGAAGAGGAGGAGAGAGGCAUGGAUGAAGGACAGUGCUGCCAUCUGGAGGUUAAACGGCUGAUUAACAGAUUACACAGCUGUGCUAAAGGGUGUCAGAAAGCUGCGAUCUGUAACUGGCUUGUCUCUCAGAGCUCCGCUCGCAGCAAAGAACCUAAAGGACGCGUAUGGAUUCCUCAAGCGGAGGAGAGGGGGAAUGAAACAGAAAAGAUGAAGCAGAAAGAGGUGGACAGCUUGAGAGCUCAUCAUUCACUGCUGGAGGAGAGGCUGACUGAUGCGCUCUCUUUACUGCUGCAGAUACCACAUAAAAGAGUCUCUCGCCGGAUCUUGGGGAAAAUUCUGAUCAACACACUAGAUCUGUGUACCAGAAAAAGUCACGACUGCACUCCAGUGUUCCAGGUCGUGGACACGCUCUGUCAGCAGCUCCUUUCCAGUGACCUCCUGGACGGAGGAGAGGAGGUCAGCGUUGGGUCACGACCUUCUCAUCACCCAAACACGUCCAACCCCAUUCUGAUGUCCUGCUGAGAGCUCACAGAUGUCCCACUAAGGACACUUUCUAUGAGGGUACAAAUUGGUGUUACAUCAUUUUUUACUCUUUAAUUUAAAAAAAGCACAAAUUGUUACUAAAGUUAUUGUUAGAUAAAAUAUCAAACAAAUGUAAAUAUUUGGUGCCAAACUUAGCUCCUGGUGACAACUUAAUUUAAAAUAAAUCUACAACCCUGUUACCCAUUCUGGGGUAUAUAUAUAUUAUUUAUUUUUCAUUUUAAAAAUGGUAUUUAUUUGAUUUUUAAAUGUUUAUUUAACAUUUAUUUCUAGAAAAUAAUGAAAUGCAUCACAAAUCAGAGUUUUCACGUGUUUGGUAACAGGGUUGUUAUGCGUCAUAUCAAAUGUCAUAAAAUUAAUAAUUAAUUUUAAAAAAAUAUAAUUAUUAUAUAAUAUAUAUAAUAUUAUAAUAUUUAUUAUGGCUUCAUGAAGUGGACAAACAUAAUUUUCUCACCUUCUUUCACUUCUUUUAGAAAACUUAAUUUGUGCAUUUCUGGCCCCAUUUUGUACCUUACUUGUGGAAAGUGUCUUAAAGUCACCAUGAAAUCAAAAUUGACAUAUCCUAUUUUCUUAUGAAAUAUCGCAGUAUUUAUUAUAAAUGAUUUAUCCGUGCGCAUAUAUUUUUUAAAAUGUAUGUGCCCUUGUAAUCUUUAAUCAAAAUAACUUCCCCUCCCC